AAACCUUUCAAGUGUAACCUGUGCAAUUACCAGUCCAAUCAAAAGUCAAACCUAAUAACUCACAUGAGAACUCAUUCUGGUGUUAAUAUGAAAUCUUCUGAAUGUAGAACCAUUUCAGACCCAGAGGACAUUGAAAUUUCAGAGCAGCAAAAAGGUUCAAGACAUACAGUCAAAGCAUUGGUUGAAGGCAGUUCCAGUCAAAGCAACUUAAUGCAGCAGUUUAUUCAACUUACUUCAAAGACAUUUGAUUGCCAGAUUUGUGGCAGGAGCUUUCGAAGGAAAGAUUACCUCAGCAAGCAUGAAAGAACACAUACUGGAGAAAAACCAUUCUGGUGUUCUAUGUGUGGAUUUCGGUGCAAUCAAAAAUCAAACUUGUUGGCCCACAAGAAGACCCACACUGGAGAUCGUCCAUACAAGUGCCAGCUGUGCAGCUAUAGUACAACUCGUCUCAAACUUCUACAAAUUCACAUGCUUCGUCACUCGUCAAUUAUUGUCUAUGCAUCAAAGAUUCACAGUUAUCUUCGCACAGAUCCCACCUUUACCGGCCAGUUUGCAGGAAAAUCCUUUGAUUGUUCUACAUGUGGGAAACAGUUUAAGAGGAAAAAGCACCUAGAAGAGCAUCAAUUUAGUCACACAGCAAUGAAGCCAUUUGAAUGCAGUCAUUCAAAAGGUUCUUGUGAUGUAAUGAAUGUAGACCUGGAGAUGCAACUUGGAAGUAAUGAAGGAGAACUGAACACUCAAGAUGAUGGUGGAAUCUAUUUUUGCAAUAUUUGUUGCCGAAGCUUUAAACGUAAAGACAUUCUGAAAAGGCAUGAAAGGAUACACACUGGGGAAAAGCCUUUUGCAUGUGAUAUGUGCGAUUAUAAAUCAAAUCGGAGAUCUAACUUAAUGGUACACUUAAAGACUCAUACUGGGGAAAAACCUUAUAAGUGUGAAAAAUGUUCUUAUACAGCUGCUCAACCAAGAUCAUUGAAAAUGCACAUGAUGCGACACAUGUAUAAUUUUGAUUGACAAUUAACUAUUUUCCUAACUUUCUGAUAACUGAGCAGAAUUAUUGUAAACUUAAAAUCAACUGCAGUAAAAUUAUGUAUUCUUUUUUAAUUGCUACUUUUACUUAAUUGGGUGACUUUAAGAUGAAACAUUGAUGAAACUGUUCAGCUGAGUAAAUUCUGGCCAAAUCCUGUGAAAAAAGUUUAAUUUAUUCCUUAUGUUCCUGGAAAGUUGUAUCAAAAGAAAUCUCCAUUUUUCUACUAUGCUAACUGCAUAAAUAAAGCAUCCAAAGACAAUUUGUCACUUUAGUACAAG